UUCGGCUUUUCGCAUCGGCAACAAACCAACAAAAGAACCCUCCAAAAUUUGCUAGACCCUUAUUUUUUUCAAAAAAAUAAAUAAUUAAUAAUAAAUUGGAAAAAAAAUUUUGGCCUGCAAAUUCUGUCUUUCUCUCUCUCCUCUGGACGACGUUCAUCAAACGGAAGUUCUCACCUUUCAACGGAAUUUCUCACCCUUCAACGUUCUGGUCAACCUGGCCUUUCACAGAUUAUAUUUCCAGCUUUGCUUCAGAACUUCUCCGGGUGGAUCUGCUCAGAAGUGCCUGGCUGAUGCCUCGCAUUGACGGCAGAUUCCUUGCAUCAUAUUUUUGACAUUCCGAUGUCAUUUUGAAGGAGGGGGGGGAUCAAAUUUGUGAUUUUUCGUGGAGAUUUGGAUUGAAUCUGUUCUAUUAGAUGUUUUUCCCCAGGGAAAGCUGCAAUCUUUCAUCUGGAUUAGCCUCAUUGAUUCCAUGUUUCAAUUUUUACGUGAAACAUUGAUAGGACGACGGAGGAAUUGGAAAACCAAUGACGCUUGAGAGAUUAUAAGAGUUGGUUUUGAGGACAAAGAGAAACUUCAUGGAAUCGGUAGUAAAUGAAUAACAGGUCAUUCGCUUCGACAUUUUGAGAAAUUCUCCUUCUCGUUAAUUGAGGAAAAGACGGUAUUAUUGUUUUUGGGUUAUGUAAAUGUUGAUAUUGCAGAUCAAAUGAAAAAGGUAAUAUGCGUUUGCAACGCUGAUUUGAGAACGGAUGGAUGUCAGAAGAGUGGGUUCUGUUAUCGCUUUUGUCAUUCUGCUUUUUGCGUUGGCGACGGGAAGUUCGAAGGGAAUCAAGAGGGCAGGGAAAGUCUUCUGGAGCAAUGGAAUUGUUUCGGCUUCUCCAGAGAUAGAGGUGGACGAAGACAUGGCAGAGGAGUUGUUGAUAAAGUGCAGGCUAGAUUCGGUGCAUAUGAGCAAAUCCAAUGAGAAUCUUGACUUACAUUUUCCAGAGAAAAUAGCCAUUGCCUCUAAUGGUAUCAAUUCAAAAGCACAGUUGCUGGAAAAAAGAAACGUACAGAAAGCUAUUAGUGCCCUGCCUCCCCAAACAAAAGAGACACUCUUGAAUUGUUUAAGAAAGAAGAAUCUUCCUUUUCACAUUUCUGAGGAAGAGGAUGACUCUAGGAAUUGGUACACCAAGUAUCUUGAGUCCCUUUCUGGUUGGACUGAACCCUCUAGACGGCUUCUAGGUGGUGUGAUGCAUCAAAGUGCUGCAACUCCUGCACCAUCUCCUGUAGUUGAAUCACCUACUUCCAGCUCUCAGAUCCAUCGAUUUGUUAAGGCAAAUGUGGAAUCCGAUUACGAGUCUGAUGAUGAAUCUGAUGAGAAACCUUCAUCUCAUCCACUUUCUUCUGUACUUCGACUUUCUACACCAGGUACACCAUCGAGUGACAAUAGUGACCAGAACCCAGUUGCUGUUCCUGUUGUCGCAACUGCAGCAGGGACAUUUGCUUUUGCUGCAAUGCUCUUUUUAUGCUACAAUAAGUGGAGCAGAAACAGCAUUGACUCUGGAGGAAAGGAUGAUAGGCCACUUCUCAACCUGGGCUCUGUUGGUUCUUCAAAGAAUUCUUGUGGAAAUACAGUUCAAACUGACGAGCAAGGAAGUCAAUCAUUUAAUACUAAUAUACUGCAAGAUGGAAGACUAUCACCUUUGCCCAGCAAUUUGUCUGCAAAUUCUAUACACAGUUCCUCCCUUUGUGAAGCUCCACUGUCAGGAACAAUUGCUGGUUCUACUAAAUUCUCGGGAGAAUUAUCUGCUUCAUCCAGCAUUCUUACACCAAUUCCAUCCCUCCCACUGAAGCCACCUCCUGGAAGAAGAGUAUCAUCUUUGAAAAGCAAUUUGUCUGUAAAGUCUGACUCCGGAGUUCCAUUAUCAGAAUCAUCUGCUUCAUUCAAAAGUAUUAAUGCAGCAAUUUCAUCAUUCUCACGGAAGCCACCUUCUGGAAGAAGAGCAUCUUUGAAGGGCAUUUUGUCUGGAAAGUCCAACAUACAUGAUUCCUCCCUAGUUGAAGUUCCAUUAUCAGAAUCAUCUGCUUCAUUCAAAAGUACUAAUGCAGCAAUUUCAUCACUCUCACAGAAGCCACCUUCUGGAAGAAGAUCAUCUUUGAAGGGCAGUUUGUCUGGAAAGUCUGACAUACAGAUACAACCACCACCACCACCUGUAUCUGCUGCGACAACACCACCACCACCCCCAACUACAACUGUACCUGGUGCGCCAUCACCACCAUCUGGACCUAGACCACCACCUCCACCACCUGGAAAGCGUGGUCCUAACCCACCAAAUAAUCCUCCCCCUCCAGUCCGUCCACCACUAACACCCCCUGGUAAAGGUCAACCACCACUUAGACCAAAUGGUCCACACGGUGCUCCUGAUGGAUUUGGUUUAAAGGGUUCAAAUGGACCUCCCAAAACCAAGCUAAAGCCAUUCUUCUGGGAUAAGGUUCUUGCAAGCCCUGAUCAAUCAAUGGUUUGGCAUCAGAUUAGUUCAGGAUCAUUCCAGUUCAAUGAAGAGAUGAUAGAGUCUCUAUUUGGGUAUGCUGUUGCUGAUAAAACUAAAACUGAGCAAAAAAAAAAGCCAUCAUCUCAAGAUCCUUCUACCCAGUACAUUCAACUCAUUGAUCCUAAGAAGUCACAAAAUUUAGCAAUUCUUCUGCGGGCACUGAAUGUGACAACAGAAGAAGUCUGUGAUGCAUUACAGGAAGGAAAUGAGCUUCCCUCAGAGCUCCUCCAAACUCUGUUGAAGAUGGCACCAACAACAGAAGAAGAACUAAGGCUUAGACUAUAUACUGGUCCACUUUCCCAACUCGGGCAUGCAGAGCGGUUUUUAAAAGUCUUGGUUGAUAUCCCUUUUGCUUUUAAGCGAAUGGAAUCUUUGCUUUUCAUGAAUUCACUUCAAGAAGAAUCCUCAGGCAUUAAUGAGUCUCUUGCAAUUUUAGAGGUAGCCUGCAAUGAAGUAAGAAACAGUAGACUGUUCCUGAAACUCUUAGAAGCUGUACUCAAAACAGGGAAUCGCAUGAAUGAUGGUACAUUUCGUGGUGGUGCACAGGCGUUCAAACUUGACACGCUUUUGAAACUGGUAGAUGUCAAAGGAGCUGAUGGGAAGACAACUCUCCUGCACUUUGUUGUUCAGGAGAUAAUCCGCUCUGAAGGCAUACGGGCUGUCCGUAUGGCCAGAGAGAACCCAAGCAUCUCUAGCGUGAAAACAGAAGAUCUAUUGGAGGAGAAUACUCCCCAAGAAACAGAAGACCAUUAUCGUAGCCUUGGUCUUCAGGUUGUUUCGGGUGUGGGUAAUGAGCUCGAGAAUGUCAAGAAGGCAGCAGCAUUGGAUGCAGAUAAUAUAACAGGAACAGUGGCCAAACUCGGACAUAUGCUGAUCAAGACCAAGGAGUUCCUGGACACAGAAAUGAAGAGUUCAGAAGAGGACAGUGGAUUUCACCGCACACUCAAGAGUUUUGUAGAGCACGCAGAGAAGGACAUCACGCACUUGCUGGAGGAAGAAAAAAGGAUUAUGACAUUGGUGAAAAGCACUGCUGAUUACUUUCAUGGGCGUGCGGGCAAGGAUGAAGGCUUACGCUUGUUUGUGAUUGUCCGGGAUUUCCUGAUUAUAUUGGAGAAGGUGUGUAAAGAGGUGAAAGAAUCACCACAAGUGCCAACAAAGACACCAUCAAAUAAGGAGGCUGCAAAUGCGCAAUCUUCUUCUGAUUCCGGUCAACCGCCUGCUCCACCAGAACCACCACCUAACAUCAAGACGGAAGGAUAAUUCCAGUUCUGAUGAAGAAACUUAAUUUCCUUAGUUUUAUUUUUUAAUUGGCGGGAGGUGUGGCGUGUAUUUGCAUUUCUUUUGCUUAUUAGAAAGCAUAUUGACUACCUUUUUUUUUUUUUUUACACAGAAGAAAGACUCAGACUGUAUUUUGUAAGAAUUUCAAGACUUACUCAAAUCAUCAACUAUAUAUCCUAGGUGAUUAUCAUCUUUAGGAAGCAUACUAGGUCUGGGGACACAGAUGACAGUGGAUCUGGGGCCCCAAUAACUAGCUGCCUGUUACAUGUUUCAAGAAUUGGAGCCUAGCUACUAUGCAUGUAAAAAAAUUCUUAUUUUUAGCCGUCUAAUUGGAGCUUUUUUUUUUCUAUCUUUUUGUAUAGUUUUAA